AUGGACUAAUUAGAUAAAGUUCAGCCUGUGCCAUAAACGAUUUGGUGUGAAUAGCAUAAAAAAAAGAAAGCAAAAUAUGUUGUAAUGGUUCCUAAUAAGGAUCCAAUUUUUGCAUCGAAAAAAUAUUUAAAUGAAAUCAAAGAUAAGAUAAGUUAUUUUAAAAUCCAUGAUACUUUCAAUGAUUGGAAGAAUGUAUAUGAAAAUUUUAAGAAUGAUUAUUGCUCUAAUCUUAAUUACUAUUGUAAAUACAUAAAGGAAUAGGGUUUCAAUAUUAAGGCAGACGAUAUAGAUGAAAUGGUAGAAAAACUUAAAGAAAUAAUUAUCUAUAAAUGUGAUUAAAUUAAAGAAGAGUUGAAAAAGAAACUUGAAUUGCACUAAAAGCAUUAUAAGGAAAAAGUAGUGACAUUUAUUGAUCCAGAAUAAAAAAUAAAAGCUGAGUAUGACAAUUUUAAAAAUUGUUUAUCAACAUACUAAAGCAAUGAUGAAUAAUCUAAAAAAAAUUUAAAAUAAUCACUUGCAGCAUUUGUCAAGAAAGUAGUUGUGACUUAAAAAAAUGAUGAAUUCAAAGAUGAUAAAAUUGUACAAAAAGUAGAUAACUUGAGGAAAAGUCAACCCUUUUAUAUUAAUUUAAAUAUUUGGGACUCUUAUUAAUAGAUGAUUGAAAGAUCCUUGACUGAAUUAUAAGAGUCUUAUAUUACAGUUAAUUCCUUUAAUCAAACUCAAAUUGCAAAUAAAGGUUUCAUAUUUAAGGUUUUCCAAUAAAUAAAAGAAGAUAAAGAUUUUAACAAUGAACCACAAAAAAUGUAGCAUCUAUUAACUGAUAAAUUAAAACCCCUAAUUUAAUCCUCAAAAUUGAACUUGCUAAAUAAUCUUUAUCAAUUUAAGGAUGAUUUAAAAAAUAAUGUCAUUAUUGCUUUAAUUAAAACCUCUACAGAUUAAAACAUAGGAUUUUAUUACAAUGCGAAACAAAAAGGCAAGUCGCUCUUAUUUAAUCUAACAAAAGGCAUAUUUUUACCUGUUAAAUAAGGAUUUGAGUUAAAAAUGGCAGAACAUGAGAUAUAAUCACCAACUCUGACGUUUGGAUAAGAUUUACAAAUUCCAAAUGAUUUUUUAAAAUGCUCAUCAAAUUUAGGGGAAGCAUUUGACCUAAAAGGAUAAGAAUAUAAGAUCGGCAAUUCUGAAUCCUAUUUAGCUAAUGGAAAAUAUUUUGAUAUUGAAUACUUUGAACUCUACAAAAUUGACGACUAAGACCUUUUGAAAGUAAUAAAUUAACAGCAUCUGCAGCCUUAACAGCCUUAACAGCCAAAAGAUCCUCGAACAACUUUGCUAGGUUUUCCAACAGGUAUUCCACAAGGUUUAUAACCACCUUUCAAUCCUGUUAAUUUCUAAUAAAAAUGA